UGAAGGACAGGGAUCUUUCUUGGUUUACCGGCUGCAUUGAAGUGAAGUAAGUUAGUGACUAGCUUUGUGGUGCGUCAGAACACACUUGCCUUGAGGGCCAAGAAUAUCCAGUCGUUUCGCUUGGCUGUCGACAGUGCCGGAACCUCUUUCCUACAAACUACUACUACUAGGCUAGUACUACUACUAGCUCUCAGACAACUAGUAACGGCGACGGCGAGCAGAUAUCUGUCAAAGAUGUCGUUUCCUGAUUGCAACAGCUGGCUAUGCACAUGCGGAAAGUGCAACUGUGGUCUGCACCCAUGUGCUAUUCACAAGAAAGGAGCCAGGCAGAGAGAUGGGCUGGGCCAGUCGCAAUACAAUACAACAUAUGUAGCCGCUCCCGCAGGGGACACCCGGCGCAUCACCAAGUGUCCAGUCUUGGUCAACAGGAGGCCAUCUGAGUAUACGGAAAAAUAUCUUGUGAGCACGAAGCAGAGGGACUACAUCAACCAUUGCCAGCCCAAGCCAAAUAUGGUGAAGAAACCCGACGUGUACGAGCCACCGACGGACAAACCGGAGAGCCUCACCUCGUACGGCCAAAACUUUAUCGGCCUGCAGGGUCCUAGGGCACAGAAUAUGCGUCCUCCAACGGAAUACUCCACCAAGGGCCCAAUGCUACUGAACACAACCAACCGAGAAGAGUUCAGACCUUGGGAUAAGUCCAAGCCGGCCAUGAUCUUCAGAGAUCCCACACCACGCAAGUUCUUCGAUGGCAACUUCUUGGGCUUGUCCACCAAUCAGAGUGACUUCAAUGCAGAGCAGGCUAAGCUAGGUAGGCCGUCAACGAUGUGUCGUAUCCAGGAGACGGCGAUUCGUUCCACGGAUCCGAUGGAACAUACGACAACAAUGAGAGAAGCGUUCACCCACCGGGGCUAUGAGCCCAGCCACAUAGCCCACAAAAAUGUCAAGAAGAACGCACCACAGCAGUCCGAUAUCCCAAUGAACCUGAUGACACAGUACGAGUCCUCUCAUCCCCAGGCGCAGCCAUUUCAGAGGCGACGCAACGCCGUCCCGCCGUUCCCGGAUUUGAUUAACCUGAAACUCGACGACGAAGUCCGAUUGGAGACGGAGAACCGCUCAAAGUACUUGCUGCACAGCACCAAACCGGCUACACGGUGUAAACCGAAUGAAACUAAACACACCGUAGAUACACCGUUCAACGAGACCACAACUAACCUAACUCAAUUCGCCAACAGAGGACCUCCUGAGCCGGCCAAGUCGCUUCGGCCUCCAACUAACACCAAGCAGAGAGGCGAAGUUCACCUGAAGACGACCCAUCAGGACGAGUUCACUGCAAAGACAACCAGGCCACGCACACGGCAUGGUAACCACCGUGACACCAGUCUCCGUCAACCUGGGAAUUUCACCGGCCUGAGCACGUUCAACAGUGACUAUCUUAACUACGGCUCCAGGGCAAAGCCAGCGGAAGCGGUCAAGCCACUCGAUCAGCGGUUCACUAGCCCCAAGGGUGCGAAUCAAGUCCCGGGUGUUGUUGGUGUGCCCACCUACAGGAGUAUGUACACAAAGAAACCAUCCCAGCGGCUUUGUCCAGCUGCACUAGUACCAGUAGCUGGAACAAUUCCCUGGCGCUAUUGACCAGUGGCCAGGAGAAGAGGGAAGUUGGUUGGAAAACUCUACGAAAAGCACUGUACUGGUACACACAUACCGCCGGUAUUCAUGUAAAUAAAUAAUAUACAUGCAUGGAACUACUAAUUGCAUACAUGUAAUGAUGUGCGCAUCACAUCUGCACAUGACAUCUGUACAUAACGUCUGCACAUACAUUCUGUGUAUGCAUAACACAUGCACAUAAUUCCAUACAUAAAACGCGGACAUUGAUUUUUUCUCCAUGCCACCACUAGCCCAGAUAGCAGAUAUGUGGCCGGAAACUAUUACAAACUGGCUGCUGCUUUUCGCGCUUGGCACGUGAGGCAAUCUAAUAAAGCAUAA